UAUAUGUAAUUGUGAGCUUGAAAUUCGUUAAAGUUAGUGAUUGGCUUUGUGAAAAGUAUUUGGCACAGAUCGGACUUGCACAAUUUGUUUAGAACGUACAUGAUGCCCGUUAAUGGAUUUGAUCUUCUCUCCCAUUGUAUUAAUGGAAAGCUUGCUAGCUUGACUCCCAAUGAUCCGGAGUGUUGUAUAUUUAGAGUGCAUAGCCAGUUACGCAACAUAAAUGACAAGGCAUAUGAACCUCAGUUACUUGCCAUUGGUCCUUACCACCGCGGCAAGGAUGGGUUGAGGCAGAUGGAAGAGCACAAAUUGCGCUAUUUACACCUACUUCUUCGAAGGAUAAACGAAAAUAGUGUGGAAGCAUACAUUAGUGCCAUGAGAGAAUUGGAAGGAAGAGCUCGUAGAUGCUAUGCAGAACCCAUUAGCCUAACCACUGAUGAGUUUGUAGAAAUGAUGCUUCUUGAUGGGUGUUUCAUCAUUGAGUUGUUUCGCAAGUUCAGAAGGAGGUAUCUAAUAGGUGAUCCAUGUGACCCAAUCUUUCAAUUGGAUUGGAUGUGCCCUAUGUUAUUGUGUGAUGUACUGCUAUUCGAAAACCAACUUCCAUUCUUUGUUCUCACUAAAUUGUUCGAGAUGACAGCUGUUCCAAACCAGCAGGGCAACCUUAUUGAUCUAGCCUUGUUUUUCUUGGAAGACUCAUUGCCAUGUGAACGCCGUAGCUCUGAAUCGCUCCAAAAUAGUGGGCAUCUACUUGCUUUGGCACAUAAAUCUAUCACUCCACCAUAUGUAAGAAUCAAUACACAUGUGAAUGUUAUAGAUGUGGAAGAGUGGAAUACGAUACCUAGUGCCACAGAGAUUAAAGAGGCUGGAGUCAAAUUCAAGAAGCUAGAGGGAGUCAACUUGUUUGACAUAAAGUUCAACAAUGGGGUAAUGGAAAUUCCACCUUUGCAAAUAGAUGAUGGAUUAGAAUCUUUGUUCCGAAAUCUGAUUGCAUAUGAGCAAUACAGUCGAAAUAAUAAUGCCAAAUACUUCACAGAAUAUAUGAACUUCAUGGAUAAUCUCAUCAACUCUCCAAAGGAUGUUGAAUUACUUCGUCGACGAGGAAUUAUUGAAAAUUGGUUGGGCGAUGACGAAGCUGUCUCCACCAUGUUUAACAAGCUUGGGGACGGUGUCACAGUAUCCAACUUGAGCUAUGCUCAAAUUUUCAGAGAUGUGAACAAGUAUUGCUGCAGACCUUGGAAUGUGCGGAAGGCAAAAUUGAGGCACAACUACUUCAACAGUCCUUGGGCAUCAAUUUCGUUUUUUGCAGCUGUCUUUGUGAUCCUGCUUGCUUUAACACAGACCACAUUUUCCUUUCUUCCUUACAUUACUCCCCAAAAGUAACAAGUACCUAUUAUUUUGAUCCCAUAAUUAUUAGUUC